GCGGCAGCGCCGGGCUCAGCCGGGGAGAGCCGAGCGGAGCCGAGUUCCGCCGAGCGGAGGCGAAUGCAGCGAGCGGCGUCGCGGGCGCUGGGCGGGGCGCGGACCCCCCGGGUGCUGACUUGCCUGGCUCGGACCCCCCCGGGGCGGGCACGAUCGGCCGCGGCGGGGACCCCUCCGCUCGGGCUGCUCUAUGAGCGGCAUGGGGAGGCCGCCGCUGUCGUGCAACUGAAGGAUCUGGAAGUGCCCAAGCUGGGGGACUGCGAUGUCCACGUCAAGAUGUUGGCAGCCCCCAUCAAUCCCGCCGACAUCAACAUGAUCCAAGGGACCUACCCCCUCCUGUCGCCGCUGCCGGCCGUGGGGGGGAACGAAGGUGUCGGGGAGGUGCUGGAGGUUGGGCGCCAUGUGACAGCUCUGAAACCUGGGGACUGGGUCAUCCCCGCGGACGCCGGACUCGGGACGUGGCGGACGCGGGGAGUGUUCCCUGAGAAGAUGCUGCUGAAGGUGCCCAGUGACAUCCCAAUGCUCUGUGCUGCCACUCUGAGCGUCAACCCCUGCACAGCGUUCCGUCUGCUGGCUGACUUUGAGAGCCUGGCACCUGGUGACUCCGUCAUCCAGAACGCCGCCAACAGUGGGGUGGGCCAGGCCGUCAUCCAGAUCGCCAGGGCCUCCGGCAUCAAGACCAUCAAUGUGGUGAGGGACAGACCUGAUCUCCCAAAACUGGUGGAGAGGCUGAUGGCCCUGGGCGCUGACCAUGUCAUCACCGAGGAAAUGCUGAGAAAGCCAGAGAUGAAAGAUACAUUUAAGGCCCAAGGGGACCGUGGUCACCUAUGGGGGGAUGGCAAAGCAGCCUGUGAUGGUGCCUGUGAGUGCCUUCAUCUUCCGGGACAUGAGGCUCCGUGGGUUCUGGAUGACGCAGUGGCGGAAGGACCACGCGCAGGAAAUGCCAAUAUGGAAUUCCUCUGGAAUGAUCCAAGUGUGUGGUAUCCACAGGGCUGCUUCUCGUGUGACUGUCCCUGUUCCUGGGUGAUGUUCUCGGAUCCCAGCAGGCUCUCCAUGCUGCUCCAUAGCAUGAACUGUAUGAGAAAUGUUCCUCAAACACAUCUUGCAAUGGAAAUAACCUCCCUUGGGUUGGGUUCCUCAAACUUUGUUUGCCUCAGAACCUUCAGAACCCAGCCCAGGGACCUCACUGGUGUUCUCCCACCUUGUGCCCAUUUCCCAACAUGCUCCGAGUGAGAGGACUGUGGAAUUGUGUGGAAUUGUGCAUGGACAGAGUAAUUGUGAGGGACUGGUUGUGUCAGCUGAAGGCUCUUCUGGGAUUCAUCCUGGAGUCCUGGACAAGUUGGUGGGGUUAUGGCAGGGCCUCUCUGGAUCUACCAAGGACCUGGGGGGCCCAGGGAGGUCACUCCUCACUGGGAGCUGGCAGUGUCAUUCCCAUGCACAGAGAGGGUCUGGGGGACAGCCCAGGAAGGUGUACCUUCAUUUGGGGGAUUUUCUGGUCCCAAGGGGUGAGGAGAAGAGCAGGGCAGGAAUGUUGCUCAGGAUUGGAGGGAGCACUGUCCAACUGCAUGUGCACUUGGAAGAGCAAAACUCUCUGAAAUUAAACCCAACUGCCAUGCUGGCUACUAAAUGGACAUGUCAAAGUCAUUUUAUCCCCCCUAAAACCCUUCACACUGAGACCUCCCUUAGCAGAAAGCAGGUGUGCCCCAGGAUAGACUCUGUGCCAGCGUCUCCCUUCUGCUCCUCCCUCCCUAAUAAAUCCCCCAAUAUUUUGCAUUUCCUUUCCCCUUGCCAGCAUUGGAGGCAGAGCCCCAUUGUGUGCCUCCUUGCUUCCGGAUCAAUUGAUAAAGUGGGGGAAAAAAAAGCAAAAAAAGAGCCAAGAGAUCAUUACGAGCACUAUCAAGCAUGGCAUAAACCAGAAAAAUUAAGGCAGAGAUUUUAUCCCCCAUUGUUUAUUGGGCUCAGCAUUUAUUAAAACCCAACAUGCUUUAGAGAACUCUUACACAAAAUUUUCUGACCUCUCACUCCUAUACCAGGGCACAAAGGAAUAAAUAAAUAAACUUAAUUCUCUUUGUCAAAUGAGCAAGAUCAUGGCUGGAAAUCCAGCUGCUGGUGUUGCACCUAGACAAUAUUAAUCAUUUUGGAGGUGAUUGUGGGGUUUUUCAGGGGGGUGGCUACUAAUGCUGGAAUGUUCCAAGAGCCUCUGCUGGGAUUUGGUGUGAUUUAGGCAUCUGACGUCUUAACGGAAAGGAUAAAAAUAAUUCCCCAAACCUGACAUUCAGAGUUCCGCGAGAGGGAUGUUGUUGCUCCCAAGAGGGAAUGAGGAAAAGCCAAGUCUGCUCACGGAUGGGGAAUGCCGUGGGGGGACGCCUGGGCACCCCGAGUGUGGGGAUGCGGGACCCCCAUCCCUGCCUGCCUUUGGGGUCCCAUCAGGAUACAGCAUUUUGGGAGUGGGGCAAUCCUCAGGCCCCUGCCAAAGA